AUGAAAGCUGAGUCAUCAAGUGGUCAAGUUGGACUGCACCAGAUGCUUGGUGGUCUUGCGCCUCUUUUCGAGGCGGUGUCCGCGGCUACUCUUCCGCCAUUGUUGCCUCCAGACGAGGCAGCUUCAUGGGGCUGUGAGCAGCCUUCACUGGCCGAGCACGUGCGCCGGGUACAGGGUAGUGACAGCCCGCAACUCAAAGCCAAGGCCAAGACUUCCCGGAAAGUUGCAGCGAAGCCAACUGCGGCCUCUGGACGGGUUCUUUAUUCCAAGGGUGCGCUCUGCACGCGCUUUCGACAGAAGGACGCUUCCGCCGAGAGGCUGGCAGAAGCCGCAGAGCUUUUGCGAUCUGGAGGCCACUUCGAGGAGACCCUCAGUUACACAACCGCUUUGCGAAACUGUGAGCACGGCCAUCACUGGGAGUGGGCGCUGAGCCUCCUUGGGGAGAUGACGGGCCGUAGCGUGGAGCAGGACGUGGUGACCUACAACGUUGCCAUUGCGGCCUGCGGUCGAGGCCAGCAGUGGGAGCGAUCGCUCUGCUUGCUGGAUGGCAUGCCGGCCGCCGAAGUCGAGCCUGACUUCGAGACUUAUCAGGCCUUAUCCCUCGCCUGCAGCCGCAACGGGGAGUGGGAGAAGGCGCUGGCUUUUUUGGCGCAGGCGCAGCAGCUCGGCGUGGCGAACAGCGAGUCGUGGCACAUCGGCAUGAUGGCCUGUGCUGGAGCUGGAGCUUGGGAGGCGACGCUGGAGAUGCUGGAAUGUGCAGGGACAUCUGAAUCUCCGAAGGAUGUCUCCCGCGACCUCAUGUGCUAUGGAGUAGCCCUGUACGCUUGCAUGGAGGCGGGUCGCUGGCCACAGUGCCUCGACCUGCUCGAGCGCAUGCGCCUCGAGGAGGUGCAGCCGGACAGCAUUGCCCUUGCCUGCGCAGCUCAAGCUUGCCGCGAUGGCAGGAAUCAGGCCGCGGCGAAUGAAAUCCUGGAAGAAAUGCGCCAUCGCAAGAUGGAUUCCAACGUAGCUGAGGUUCUGAACGAGGCAACUCUGUCCGUGGACUUCCCAGAGGUGCGAAGCCCUGUGCCGCUGGGAGCUUUGAGGCCGAUGGCGCAGAAGGAGGUCCAGCUCUUCAAGUGGAUCAGGCAGCGAGCCACUCCUGGAGACGUGCAGUCCGUGAUCAAGGUAAUUGAGGAGUUUGCAGAGGAGCGGAGCUGGCUGAAGAUCCAGGGCGAGCAGAAGAAGGAGCUUCUGGAGGCGACGCUUCGCGCGGAGGACCGCAUUGUUGAAUUUGGCUGCUACGUGGGCUACUCCUCCAUGGUCAUGGCACAGCGGUUGCGUGAGCUUGGAGGGCGUGGCAGCGUCACCACAUGCGAGGUGGAUGCAGCCAACGCAUACAUUGCCCGUGGCGUGCUACAGUUUGCCGGGGUGGAGGGAGAAGUCCAGGUCCGGGUAGGGUGCGCAUGUGACUGGGUGGCCACUGGGCAGCUGGGUACCAUUGACUUCCUUCUGCUGGACCAUCGAGGCACGAUCUAUCAUGAGGAUCUACAUGCAGCAGAGCCCAGCCUGUCCGAGACAGCUAUCGUUUUCGCAGAUAAUGUACUUUAUCCUGGCGCUCCGUUGUUCGUCAACUACAUCGACGUUCAGGGAUACGCCAUCGAGAUCCACGAGCUGAAGGAGUUCAAGCGGCCAGACCUUGAUGACUGGGUGGUGAUCUGCAGACCACCGCCCCCAGAGAAGCGCAAGGAGAUGCCUGAAUCGACUCCGCCGGAGCUGCGGCGUUUGUCCGCCGAGGUGGAUGCCAUCUCCUGGCGCAGUCAAGAGCAGAAGGUGGACUGGGUCUCGUUCCAGAAUCGCUUGAAACCGGUUUUCUACGCUUGGAAAGAUGAGCGCGGGCUCUGA